AUGGCUUCCCCUCUGAGGGACGAGGAGGAGGAGGAGGAGGAGAUGGUGGUGUCGGAGGAGGAAGAAGAGGAGGAAGAUGAGGGUGACGAAGAGGAGGAGGAGGUGGAGGCGGCCGACGAAGACUACGAGGACGACGACGAGGGAAUCCUCGGGCGCGGGCCGGGCCACGACCGGGGCCGCGACCGCGACCGCCACAGCCCCCCCGGCUGCCACCUCUUCCCGCCGCCGCCGCCGCCGCCCCCGCCGCCCCCGCCGCCAGGGAAGGAUGACAUUCGACUGCUGCCGUCGGCAUUGGGUGUGAAGAAGAGAAAACGGGGGCCCAAGAAACAGAAGGAGAACAAGCCAGGAAAACCCCGAAAACGCAAGAAGCUUGACAGCGAAGAGGAAUUUGGCUCUGAGCGAGAUGAGUACCGGGAGAAGUCGGAGAGUGGAGGAAGCGAAUAUGGAACUGGACCCGGUCGGAAGCGGAGACGGAAGCACCGAGAAAAAAAGGAGAAGAAGACAAAGCGGCGGAAAAAAGGGGAGGGAGAGGGGGGGCCAAAGCAGGUGGAGCAGAAGUCAUCAGCAACUCUGCUCCUCACCUGGGGCCUGGAGGACGUGGAGCACGUGUUCUCGGAGGAGGAUUACCACACGCUGACCAACUACAAAGCCUUUAGCCAGUUCAUGAGGCCCCUAAUUGCUAAGAAGAAUCCUAAGAUCCCAAUGUCUAAGAUGAUGACCAUCCUUGGGGCCAAGUGGAGAGAGUUCAGUGCCAAUAACCCCUUCAAGGGGUCAGCAGCAGCUGUGGCGGCAGCAGCGGCUGCAGCAGCAGCAGCUGUAGCUGAGCAGGUGUCAGCUGCUGUCUCAUCGGCCACCCCCAUAGCACCUUCCGGAUCCCCUGCCCUUCCACUCCCACCUGCUGCUGAUAUCCAACCCCCACCCAUCCGAAGAGCCAAAACCAAAGAGGGCAAAGGUCCGGGCCAUAAGAGGCGGAGUAAGAGCCCCCGAGUGCCUGACGGACGCAAGAAGCUUCGGGGAAAGAAGAUGACACCACUCAAAAUCAAGCUAGGGCUUCUGGGCGGCAAGAGGAAGAAAGGCUCCUAUGUUUUUCAGAAUGACGAGGGCCCCGAACCAGAGGCUGAGGAGUCAGACCUGGACAGUGGCAGUGUCCACAGUGCCUCGGGCCGCCCUGAUGGCCCUGUCCGCACCAAGAAACUAAAGAGAGGCCGGCCAGGAAGGAAGAAGAAGAAAGUGGCCGGGGAGGAAGAGGUUGAUGGCUACGAGACGGAUCACCAGGAUUACUGUGAGGUGUGCCAGCAGGGUGGGGAAAUUAUUCUGUGCGACACCUGCCCUCGUGCCUACCACCUCGUCUGCCUUGAUCCUGAGCUUGACCGGGCUCCUGAGGGCAAAUGGAGCUGCCCCCACUGUGAGAAGGAGGGGGUGCAGUGGGAGGCCAAGGACGAGGAGGAGGAAUAUGAAGAGGAGGGAGAGGAAGAAGGGGAGAAGGAAGAAGAAGACGAUCACAUGGAAUACUGCCGUGUGUGCAAGGAUGGUGGGGAGCUCUUGUGCUGUGACGCUUGCAUCUCCUCCUACCACAUUCAUUGUCUAAACCCACCCCUGCCUGACAUCCCCAACGGUGAAUGGCUGUGUCCCCGAUGCACAUGCCCCAUGCUGAAAGGCCGUGUGCAGAAGAUCCUGCACUGGCGGUGGGGGGAACCGCCCGUGGCCAUGCCGGCCCCCCAGCAGGUAGAUGGCAACCCAGAUGCUCCACCUCCUCGUCCUCUUCAAGGCAGAUCAGAGCGAGAGUUCUUUGUCAAGUGGGUAGGACUCUCCUACUGGCACUGCUCCUGGGCCAAGGAGCUGCAGCUGGAAAUCUUCCACUUGGUGAUGUACCGAAACUACCAACGGAAGAAUGACAUGGAUGAGCCCCCACCCCUGGACUACGGCUCUGGUGAGGAUGAUGGGAAGAGUGACAAGCGCAAGGUGAAAGACCCGCACUAUGCUGAGAUGGAGGAGAAAUACUACCGUUUUGGCAUCAAGCCAGAGUGGAUGACGGUCCACCGUAUCAUCAACCACAGUAUGGAUAAAAAGGGAAAUUACCACUAUUUAGUAAAAUGGAGGGAUUUGCCAUAUGACCAGUCUACGUGGGAGGAAGAUGAAAUGAAUAUCCCUGAAUAUGAAGACCAUAAGCAAAGCUACUGGAGACACCGAGAACUAAUUAUGGGGGAGGACCCUGCCCAGCCCCGAAAGUAUAAGAAGAAGAAGAAGGAGCUGCAGGGCGAUGGGCCUCCCAAUUCUCCUACCAACGAUCCUACAGUGAAAUAUGAGACUCAGCCACGGUUUAUCACAGCCACUGGAGGCACACUGCACAUGUAUCAGCUGGAAGGGUUGAAUUGGCUACGCUUCUCGUGGGCCCAGGGCACUGACACCAUUCUGGCUGAUGAGAUGGGGCUGGGCAAGACCAUACAAACCAUCGUCUUCCUCUACUCACUCUAUAAGGAGGGCCACACAAAGGGUCCCUUCCUGGUGAGUGCCCCGCUCUCGACCAUCAUUAAUUGGGAGCGGGAGUUCCAGAUGUGGGCACCCAAGUUCUAUGUGGUGACGUACACGGGUGACAAGGACAGCAGGGCCAUCAUUCGUGAGAAUGAGUUUUCCUUUGAAGACAAUGCCAUCAAAGGUGGCAAGAAAGCCUUUAAGAUGAAGAGGGAGGCACAGGUGAAGUUCCAUGUUCUCCUGACAUCGUAUGAGUUGAUCACCAUUGAUCAGGCAGCACUUGGCUCCAUCCGCUGGGCCUGCCUUGUGGUGGAUGAGGCCCAUCGACUCAAAAACAACCAGUCCAAGUUUUUCAGGGUCCUCAAUGGCUACAAGAUAGAUCAUAAGUUACUGCUAACAGGGACUCCAUUGCAAAAUAAUCUGGAAGAGCUUUUCCAUCUGCUGAACUUCCUCACCCCAGAAAGGUUUAACAACCUGGAGGGCUUCCUGGAGGAGUUUGCAGACAUAUCCAAAGAAGACCAGAUUAAAAAACUGCAUGAUUUGCUGGGGCCACAUAUGCUUCGGAGGCUCAAGGCUGAUGUCUUUAAGAACAUGCCUGCCAAGACAGAGCUCAUCGUUCGCGUGGAGCUGAGUCCCAUGCAGAAGAAAUACUACAAGUAUAUCCUGACUCGAAAUUUUGAGGCCUUGAAUUCACGAGGCGGUGGAAACCAAGUGUCGCUGCUGAACAUCAUGAUGGAUCUUAAGAAAUGCUGCAACCAUCCAUACCUCUUUCCUGUGGCUGCUAUGGAGUCCCCAAAACUUCCCAGUGGGGCUUAUGAGGGUGGGGCACUUAUUAAGGCGUCUGGGAAGCUCAUGCUGCUGCAGAAGAUGCUGCGGAAGCUAAAGGAGCAAGGACACCGAGUACUCAUCUUCUCACAGAUGACCAAAAUGUUAGACUUGCUGGAGGAUUUCUUGGACUACGAAGGCUACAAGUAUGAGCGCAUCGAUGGUGGCAUUACUGGUGCCCUCAGGCAGGAGGCCAUCGAUAGGUUCAAUGCUCCUGGCGCCCAACAAUUCUGCUUCCUCCUGUCCACCCGAGCUGGGGGCUUGGGCAUCAAUCUGGCCACUGCAGACACUGUCAUCAUCUUCGAUUCUGACUGGAACCCCCAUAAUGACAUCCAGGCCUUUAGCCGCGCUCAUCGAAUCGGCCAGGCCAACAAAGUAAUGAUUUACCGGUUUGUGACUCGUGCAUCAGUGGAAGAGCGGAUCACACAAGUGGCCAAGAGGAAGAUGAUGCUGACACAUCUGGUAGUGCGUCCCGGGCUGGGCUCCAAGGCGGGCUCCAUGUCCAAGCAGGAGCUGGAUGACAUCCUCAAAUUCGGCACCGAAGAACUAUUUAAGGAUGAAAACGAGGGGGAGAACAAGGAGGAGGACAGCAGUGUAAUUCACUAUGACAAUGAGGCCAUUGCUCGGCUGUUGGACCGAAACCAGGAUGCAACUGAAGACACUGAUGUGCAGAAUAUGAACGAAUAUCUCAGUUCCUUCAAGGUGGCCCAGUAUGUGGUGCGAGAGGAAGACAAGAUUGAGGAGAUCGAACGAGAGAUCAUCAAGCAGGAGGAGAAUGUGGAUCCUGACUACUGGGAAAAGCUGCUGAGGCACCACUAUGAGCAACAACAGGAAGACCUAGCCCGAAACCUCGGCAAGGGCAAGCGAGUUCGCAAGCAAGUUAACUACAAUGAUGCUGCUCAGGAGGACCAAGAUAACCAGUCAGAAUACUCAGUGGGAUCAGAGGAGGAAGAUGAAGACUUUGAUGAGCGUCCUGAAGGGCGUCGACAGUCAAAGAGGCAGCUCCGGAAUGAAAAAGACAAGCCACUGCCUCCACUGCUGGCUCGCGUUGGGGGCAACAUCGAGGUGCUGGGAUUCAACACCCGCCAGCGGAAGGCUUUCCUCAAUGCCGUGAUGCGCUGGGGAAUGCCCCCACAGGAUGCCUUCACCACCCAGUGGCUGGUGCGAGACCUGAGGGGCAAGACGGAGAAAGAGUUCAAGGCCUAUGUGUCUUUGUUCAUGCGCCAUCUCUGUGAGCCCGGGGCAGACGGCUCUGAAACAUUUGCUGACGGGGUCCCUCGGGAGGGCCUGAGUCGCCAACAAGUGUUGACCCGCAUUGGAGUCAUGUCUCUCGUCAAGAAGAAGGUACAGGAGUUUGAGCACAUCAAUGGGCGCUGGUCAAUGCCUGAGCUGAUGCCUGACCCCAGUGCUGAGUCUAAGCGCUCCUCCAGAGCCUCCUCUCCUACCAAAACGUCUCCCACCACCCCGGAGGCUUCUGCUGCCAACAGUCCGUGCCCCUCCAAGCCCGCUACUCCAGCUCCAAGUGAGAAAGGAGAAGGCAUAAGGACACCGCUUGAGAAGGAUGAAGCCGAAAACCAGGAGGAGAAGCCAGAGAAGAAUAGUAAAAUUGGGGAGAAGAUGGAGACAGAGGCUGAUGCCCCCAGCCCAGCCCUAUCCGUCGGGGAACGGCUAGAGUCAAGGAAGAUUCCUCUAGAGGAUGAGGAGUCGGGGGGAGCUGGAGAGACAGAGCCUGAACCUGGGUACCGGGGGGACAGAGAGAAGUCAGCCACAGAGUCGACGCCAGGAGAGAGGGGGGAGGAGAAGCCGUUGGAUGGACAGGAACACAGGGAGAGGCCAGAGGGGGAAACAGGGGAUUUGGGCAAAAGAGAGGAAGCGAAAGGGGGCCGGGAGCUUCGAUCUGGGCCUCGAGACGAGCCACGACCCAAUGGGCGGCGCGAGGAGAAGGCGGAGAAGCCACGGUUCAUGUUCAAUAUUGCCGACGGCGGCUUUACAGAGCUUCACACGCUGUGGCAGAAUGAGGAACGGGCAGCUAUUUCCUCGGGGAAACUCAAUGAAAUCUGGCACAGAAGACACGACUAUUGGCUUCUGGCUGGGAUUGUUCUCCAUGGCUAUGCACGGUGGCAGGACAUCCAGAAUGAUGCUCAGUUUGCCAUUAUCAAUGAGCCAUUUAAAACGGAAGCCAAUAAGGGGAACUUUCUGGAGAUGAAAAAUAAGUUUCUGGCCCGGAGAUUCAAGCUCCUGGAGCAGGCGCUGGUGAUUGAGGAGCAGCUUCGGCGGGCGGCCUACCUGAACCUAUCACAGGAGCCGGCGCACCCCGCCAUGGCCCUCCACGCCCGCUUCGCCGAGGCCGAGUGCCUGGCCGAGAGCCACCAGCACCUCUCCAAGGAGUCGCUGGCGGGGAACAAGCCGGCCAACGCUGUACUGCACAAGGUUCUGAACCAGCUGGAGGAGUUGCUGAGCGACAUGAAGGCAGACGUGACCCGCCUGCCAGCCACGCUGUCUCGAAUACCCCCCAUCGCAGCCCGCCUUCAGAUGUCCGAGCGCAGCAUCCUCAGCCGGCUGGCCAGCAAGGGCACGGAGCCUCACCCCACACCGGUCUUUCCCCCGGGCCCGUACGCCACCCCUCCGGGGUACGGGGCGGCCUUCAGCACCGCUCCCGUAGGGGCUCUGGCCGCCGCAGGCGCCAACUACAGCCAGAUGCCAGCAGGGUCCUUCAUCACAGCCGCCACCAACGGCCCUCCAGUGCUGGUGAAGAAGGAGAAGGAAAUGGUGGGAGCGUUAGUGUCAGACGGGCUGGAUCGGAAGGAGCCCCGAGCCGGGGAGGUGAUCUGUAUAGACGACUGA